CGUUUAAAUUUUACUAUUUAUUUUUUAGCACCUACAAAAAAGUACGCUGAAAUUCUUACUAAAACAACAGCAGAAGCAAAAACUCGUAUCUCCCAGAAAUUGGUGGAAUCUGGAGUAUGUUUAUCAUUAGAAGGCAUAAAAGAUACCUUAGAAAUUCUAGAAGGAGCAGUUAUGAUUGUUUAUCCUAUGGGCCUUCCACCAUAUGAGAUUGUACAGCAGGAGCUUGAAGGUAAAGAGGAUUUGACUGGAACACAAGCUAGCAAAGAAGUUUUGAUAGACAAUAAAGCUGAAAUUUGGUGGGCGAACAAAAAUUUAGACAAGGAUAAAAUUCUUAGCGAUUAUGUUGGCAAGAAUGAAAAAAGUAAACUAGUAGUAAAGUUACAAAAACAAGGACAUGGAGCUCCUGGUAGAGAACCUAUUUUAACUGAGCAACAGAAAAAACAUUUGAUGUUGGCUGAGUUUCAAAGAAGAGAAGAAUUUAAAAGAUUAGAAAUUGAUGAUGAUGAUUCUCAUCUAGAUUCUCAAUGGGCAGACAAUAAUGCCUUAAAGAAAAAUUUUCUUGGAUUAAACAAGAUAAGAUUUAAGUGAUAGUAAUUGUAUCUUGUUAAAUUGUGGACUAUCUACUAAUUUAUAUGUAUGUAUAUAUUAUUAAAUGCAUUAUAAUUCAAGCUUGUCAUAAAUUGAAUAAAUAUCAACAUACUUUUCUUUCAUUUA